UUUCAGUGAUUCAAGGUGACAGAAAGAAGAACUUCUAAAGCGACAGUGAAUAUCCUAUGUGACAUAACCUUCAUGUGUACUGUGAAGGAUCUGAACGACAAUCAACACAAAACACCCACUAAAUAUUGAAGUCUAUCACCUGUAGGCCACAUAAAUCAGCUUUAAAAAGACACAUCCAAGCAGAUUGAAUUGGUCGGAGUCAUUCUAAAAAAUGCCCGGACAGCUUCCACCCCAGUUGUCCGGUCUGCUAAUCAAACUCUCUGAAACUGGGAGACUAUUAGUUGAGGAGUAUGAAGGUAAGAAAACAAGAAUGCAAGCCAUUGCAGAUGAACUUGUAUGGAUAUCUAACAAUUUCAAAGUUGUGCAGGACACAACCAAGACAACCAUACUACAUGGGGCAGCUUUAGGAGGACUUGGAGUAGUAACCGUGGGCGUGGGGUUAGCUCUACCUUUUCUACCUGUUCCUGGAAAACUGGCAUUAUGCCUCGCAGGAAGCAUAGUAACAGGCUGUGGGGGGUGGUUUGUUGGUACAGCAAAUGCUACCAAGGCCAUGACAGAGAAGAGCAGUAGGGAUACGGUUAAAGAUUUGGGGAAAGAAUUCAUGCAAAUCAUUGAGGUGCAAAAGGGUCUCCUGGUGGACAUUAAGACGGUGUCUGAGGAGUUGGAGGAAAAGUCCUCCUCCUUAAGGACCACAACGGGGAACCAGGCAAAGAUAGGACUGAAGAAAACGGAAGACCUUCAGCAGCUUCUGAGGCAAACGGCUACACUGUCAGAGAAAAGCAGAAUCACUCUUACGGCUGAGGAGGACGCGAAGCUCAGAGACUUCAUCACAGAGGCAGCUCUGCUGUGCAAGAACACCGUGCUGGAGUUUGCAGAGAUGAGGAACACGCUCAGGGACUACGAGGAGAUGCAGGCAUAGUAGGAACGUGCUACAGGCAGAUCACGCAGACUGUGUGGGGCCUUACCUCGCGGAGGGGGCCUCAUCUUGGGGAGGGUGCUUCAUUUUGCGGAGGGCGCCUCAUCUGAAGUGCAAAUACGGCGCACCUACACUGUAAGCGCGCCACAGCUUCGCCGCUGCGAGGCUCCACUAGCACCCCCCCGUCAACGCUCACGACACAGAGGGCCUCAUCAUAUAACUUUGCAUGGAGCCACAAAUUGACCAGGGACGACCCUGAACGUGCACCUCCAUCGUUGAAGUAAAACACAGUGCUGCACCACAACUGCAAGGAAAAGUCCUUCAAUGAAAUGACAAUUAAUCUCAAUUUGCACUCAAAUAUAAUACUACCAUGAUCAUAAAUACACUGUUAAAAGGUUUAUAUCCGAAUGUAGGAAUACAAAUACUUGGAGUCAAAUUGCAUUUUUAUAUUUUUUGGAUUGUUAAGGUUUUUUUAUUUAUAUAAACCAUUACAUGUUCGUAACCACGACUGUGUUUACUGUAUAUGUCAUCUGUGAUUGUUUUUUGUGAGUGUAAUAAGUACAAGUUGAAGUAAUAAUAUGUUAAAAUAAAUAUCUGAAAUGUUCUUUCUGUCUAAAGCAUCUGAAGACGUAUUGCAUUGCAGGCUGAGCACAGGCAGGAGAGAUAGUUGACGCUGUAUUCUACAUAUUUUACAGACAGGUUUGUACGUGGUGUUCAAAAAGUAAAGACCACACUCUCAACCAGAGCAAGGACAAACUCCAGGUCUGAAAAGUGAAGACAAAGUGGAAGUGCCUUUCUCUCUAGUAGUCCGGAUGGAGGCGACACUUAUACAGUGAUAUCGUAUAGAAGUCUAUGAAAGGACUUCUUUGACCUAUUACCUUAGUAAACAUUGUCCUAAUGGGUUUAUAGUUUAGAUUACUGAUCAAUCAUUUAAAGACUUCUUGAAUACUGUUUUGAGUUCAUUUUGUCAAGAUUCAGAGAUUUCAUGUGAAGGAACCAAGUGUUAAAAUCUCUGAAGAAUGUUUUUACCACCAACCUUUUUCAAUAUACUGCUUUUUGGAUAUGAAUGAACUGACCAAUCCACUGAUACAUUAUGCUUUGUUAGCUGUGAUCAAGACUUAAACAGGGCGGCAACAUUUUAGGAUUAUUGCCAAAUACUUUCACUGCUUACUUAGUCAUACCUGGAAAUUACUGUCCUUUCAUUUUCACUUCGGUAAACAAUACAUUCAAUGACUAAGAUAGCUAAGAAUACAUCACAUGAAUGCUAGCACAAUAGAGCUAGUUGCUGCUAGCAUUCCCACUUGCUGCCUUUCAGUAACAAUUGCAUUCUGCCUCCAUAGCCCGAUAUAUUUGAGCAGAUGUAAUGUAGAUAAGAAAUGGCAAAAUGUAAUAAAUAAUACACGCUGUCACUCUUAUGUCUUGAGUUAAAAAGAGAGUAUUGGCCCCAUUCCAGUCGUUAUGCUAAACUUACAAAGUGUACUUCAUGCAAAUGUUAGGUUUUUUUUCAUUUUAGUUCACAAUCUGAUAUUACUUUCAGUUUAGUUUUCUCAGAUAUGGAUUUCCUUCAGGUAAACAAACCUGACUGACAGAUAGCAACCCCAAUGUUUACUUUCUCUUUAAUAUUUAAAGUGCGUUUGAAGGACGGAUGAAUGCUUGAAUGUUUGACGAGAGUGCCAUGUGACUGAAGUUCUC